UUUUAUUAGUUCUUCGGCGCUCGGCGGAGAACGAACGGAAAACGAACGACGUGCGUGGUGCGGCGGCGGUCUGUGCACCUCUGGCUCGGACCCCUCAUCAUCCCCGAGUCGACCUCUGCAGCUCUGAGACACGCAGUGUCUCUUACGAAUCCUCGGAGACGAGCCGCGCGAGGAGAUACGAAUAACAACCGUGUUAUCGGCGACGAGCGAGUUCAUCGCGAGGGAUCGCGUAAUAUUGAGUGACUCCGAAUACAUGUCAGUGCGAGACAAUUUAAAGGACCGAAUUGCCGGUAUUCGAUCCUGGGUGUUAGACAACGUCUACAACGUCGACGAGUGUGUCGAAAAUUGAAAGCAAAACGAGAGACAACAACGCGGUCGUUGAUCGAUGAUAAUUGGUGAAUUAAUCCCUCGAAUCGAUCUCGCGCGAUCUACUCGCGGCCCGGUGAUAAUAGUGACAGUUGCCGAACGUGAGAGUGUUGAAUUCGAAUAUCGCCACGAAGUCUCUCUCUAAAAAAACGAGAAAGAGAGAUAGAAUCCUCCUUCUUCUUCUCCCUCUUCUGAUCCCGCUCGGGGAACCGAUCGUACCUGAAGGGGUGUAACCUUAGGAGAAUAUCGGAUAUCUAAACGAUCGGAAUGCUACUGUGUCACUGAAGGUCGGUGAUCGGGUCUACGGAUGCGAAGGGAGAUAAGAGCGAAAGAAAAUUUCGGGGGUGAGGGGUUCUGGAGUGGGGUAGUAAAAGUGUAAACACCGGGAGCGUGUGACGGGGGGCAAACAAAGCGGGAAACGUGUCCUUAGCCGGUCGCGUGGCAUGCUCGGGAAAAAAGGCGAAAAGGCAAGAUGCUUACGAUACAGCGUUCGGGAUCAUUGAGAAGGGCGGAAGGCUGCAAUCUUCCCGGCACGCAUUUGCUACCCCCCGUUGGGACCGGGGCUUCCGUCUCCGGGUGGAAGCCCGCCGAGAGGAGCGUCUCCUUCAAUCGAGACGUCCACGUGAAGAGGAUCGGACGUGGUGCACCGCGCGUAACCGCGGCUCUCGUGAGCGAUGGAGAAGGUAGGUUGAUCGCCACCCCGAUUCACAAGGAGAGCAUCACCGCGAGGAGCAAGGAGGAUCUCGCGCAGGAGGCGGCCCUGGUCCUGCAGCAAGCGGGCAGUCUUCACUGCGUGGCGCGCGACAACCGACGCAGUCUGCCCGGUCGCUUCAGCACCCUCCCGGCGCGUCGUAACAAGAAACGCCCGGAGCUGCCGAUCGAUGUGAGAUCUCGCCGCGGCAGCGACGAGAGUGCCGCGGACCUCGGCACCCCGCGGGCCAAGAAGAAGCCGCUGCUGGAGCGAAGCGUCAGCGAUGCCGGCGCGAAGAAGCUAAAGAGCCCGCUCGCGCGCUUCUUCUCGCCCAAGUUGGAAAGGCGGCGGCAGCCGGUCGGUCGGAGUGUCAGCGACGCCGGCACCUGGACCCGUAACGGCGCUCAGCGCAAGCGGAGCGGCAGCGAGAGCGAGGGCUCGCACCUGAGCACCGUCAGCCAGCGAGCGAAGAAACAGCUGUCACCGAUAAUCGAGGCGUCGCCGCAGCACGUUGAUCAGCAACCGUUUCACUUUGACACUUCGGCGUACGCGGACCGCGAAAACAAUAACCGACCGAAGGAGCCUAAGAAGGGAAGAGAGGAGAAAGAGGAGCGGGCGAGCUCGACUAUCGAUGUUGACGACGUGACAUCAGCGCAGGAAUUUGAGACGAGAAAGACGAUCGAAGGAGCAACGACAGCCGAGACGUGCGACGACGAACCCGAUAGAUCGUCCAGCCGAGAGGCGAAGGUGAUCGAGCAUCAUAUAUUCGUCGAAGGUAGGGACGACGAAGAGAAAAGGGAGAUCGCAGGAACUAGCCGUACUCCCUCACCUCCAAAGGACCGCAAACGCGGGGAAGACGAGGUCGAUAAAGCGAGCGCGGAUAGUAUGCUACAUAGCAGCCGCUACGAUCUUCAGCAACGUAACCAGCAAGAGUCUACUAUUCAUAAGAUGAUUCACCGAUUGUCCAACGACCGCUCGCCGCCACCGCAGCUGACCAGAACGAUGAUGUCACCGUCACCAGGAUUCAGCCACAACAACAACCGGCCGUUCUCUUACACGAGACCGAACGAAUCUUGCAGCCCGCCACCACCGCCGCAAACCAAUGUCAUCUACGCGCAGGUGCAACCGGACAAGAAGAAGGCGCAGCGAAGCCAUUCCGAUAGCGACGAGGGCCUCGGUCUCGAGAGGAAGGACUCCUCGCGCGAGAAUAGUCCUGCGGAGAAAGAAUAUCGUAGGACCGAAUACUCGUACAGCAGCGAUCUGCGUCGCAACAAUGAGAUUAACGCCUUUAAAUCGAGAUACGAGGAGGAUCGGAAGAACGGCGGCCUCUUCGGCAAACAUUUGGAUAGCACGAAGGACUUUAGCUCUAGAACGAACGAGAUGACGAAACGUUACGAGUUCAAUGAUAUCGAUAGGCGUCUCUACGACAAGCCCGAGAAAUACACGUCGACCGUGUUCGUGGAUACUUCCGGCCGCGGCAGGGCCGACGGUAUGGAUUCCAAACGAAGAGAUAGCGGCGAGCUGUCGUCGAGGCAGAACGAGAGCGGGAUCUCGCACAAGACGUCCGAGUUGAGCGCGCGGCGGGAUUUACUGGAAUCCAGAAUCAAGUCCAGGCUGCUUGCCGAUGAGAUGUUCGCCGCCAAGAACAGCAUUAACGUGCCGGUGAAAAAGUCGAGCGAGCACGAGAUAAUCGACAAGCCGAUCGUGCCGUCGCCAGUUACGCCGAAUCGUAUCGCGUCACCAAAACGAUACAUGGACACGUACAUCACGGAGAAACGUACAAACAGUAAUGGCGAGAAGUACAUCUUCGAGAAGGAGAUACACGAGGAUAACGGCAAGGUUUAUGGUUACGAGAAGAAGAUCACCAAUAAGAUUCCGACCAACAGCUACCUCAACGCGAAACCGAAGGACGGCUACACCGUGGAAACCAAGACGGACAAAUACGGCGACAAGUACAUCGUGGAGACGCGCACGCACGAAGGUUACACCGAUAUCAAUCCAUUCCUUGGCGAUCGUAAUCGGAGCAGUCCGGAAGAGAGAUUUCAGGCUGUCAGAAACGGUGGCAGCUCUUACAAGCCGUCGCAUUAUCUAUCCGAGAAUAUCGACGCAACGACGAAUCACUUUCGCAGCGAAUCGCGGGAAAACGAGCUAUCGUCGCCAAUUAUCGCCAAGAAACUGAACGAGCGCAAGUUUUCCAAGAGCGAUGACUUCCUGGAUCGCGAGAACCGGCCGAUCGGACGCGUGCUGCCGAAGAAGAAGCCGUUCGAGUCGAUCCGCGGCAUCAGCAAGUCGACGCAGCGACUGGACGAGGUCGCCGGGGAGAACGCGAGGGUGCGGGCCCUGAGGAGCGAGUACACCACAAGGUCGCACGAGAACCUGACCAGCCACGCGGGAUACGUGAACGCGAGACGACCGACCGACAGCCCGACGAUGAACGGACGCAGGACGAGGUCGCCGUUCGCGAAGCGGCACCUGGAUAGUUUGCGCGAGGGUCCGAACGACGACUACGACACCGAUAUCUCGCAGAUGACCAGCAGUCAACUCGAGUCGAAAUAUUACAAGGAAACGCGCACCACGCAGAGAUACACGAGCGGCGGGCAACAUCCGAUUCACGAUGAUUACGACAGCUCGCCGCCGAGGAUACGCACCGAUCGCGGGGGCUACAACUCUAGCCGAUACGAUUCGGACACCACCGCCAGGGACUCGAUUCGCUGCGAGACGCGCUACGACGAGACAUCGCGCACUCUGCGAAAGGAGCACCGCAAGCUGGACGACGAUCCGAAGAAGCCGCUGAGGCGAUCGCGCAACCGGCUCGACUACUUCGACGAUUCCGAUGAUCCCCGAGGGAAGGUGUCCUCGGUCAGUCGGUUGGAGACCUUUGACGAGAGCCCGACUAGACCACCCAGAACUUAUCACGAGGGCAAAUCGAGGCACGCGCGGCAGGAGGCGCGGGGACAUAUCGAGCGCCGUCAUCGUGAGACUCAGCUGAGCGAUCCGGAUCGCAAAGAUCGACUGGCCGAUUCCGGGAUCGAGAACGAUUAUAGGAGAGACUCGCAGGAGGCGGACAGGCGCGAGCAACUCGAAUCCGAGGACGAGGGUUUCGUCAGCCGACAGUUUAUCAAGCACGAACGACGGCAUACGGAUCGCAACAUGAAUUUGACGUCUACUUCCGAGCAGCGUAAAUACGACAAAUACGUAAACGACUCGAAACCGCCGCUGGUCACCGCGAAGCCGCCUACCGGUGCCGCCGACAAGAAGUACGAGAAGAAGGUAGCAAAGAAGAGCGGCACCAUGAGCAAGGUCAAGCAGCUGUUCAGCAAGAAGGAGAAGAAGACGAAGGAGGAGAAGGACAAGAAGAACGCGAGGAGCGGCAGCAGCGGUGCCUUGACCGACGACGAAGUGACGAUGAGGUAUCGAGAGUAUCGCGGCGAUCAGCUGAGGAGCGCCAAAAGCGCGCGGGAUUUGGGCAGCGACAUCAAUCAGGAGGACUACAGUCAGCGCAGACGCUUAUCGACACCCAGCGGCAGCCCGAGCCCUCCCAGACCGACCAGACUUUCAAGAUCUACCGGGACUCUUACCAGAGAGGAAGAACCCUUCUGUAAGUCCGGCAAUACCCUGACCAGGGACAACCAGACGCGAGGUGCGGAGAGCAAAGGCUGGUUCAAGUCCCUCUCGAGGAAAAAUAAAUCCAACGCCACGCCAGUGGAUAAAAAGCCGAGAAUACCCGAGAGCGAGAUCUUGACGACCGGCACCGAGGAUGAGGAAGCUUCCUCCGCGCCUGAACGAGUUUCCGUGCAAAAGAAUCUCCGCUUCUUCGGCGAUACGGAUCAGGAGUCCGUCUCGUCCAACAGAGACCGCAGAAACAAACGAAUUAACGACCACGCCUGCUCAAGACGUGAUGUCACAAAUUCAAACCGCCAUAAUUUAGGUAUCAUAUCAGCACCGAGGAAACCUCCGAGACUCGCUGAGAGCGCGUUGUCCUCGGGCGAGAGCACAACGGGCGAUAGCAGCCAGCAAAGUCAAAACUCUCAGAGAUCACAAAGAUCUGUUGUGUAUCUUCAUGCUGCUACAGUCGGCGAAAUACCGGGUCCGAACGAACGACGCCGGGCGGCGAGUCGCGAGGAGUUAAAUCGACCGUUGCAAUCGCACACGAGAACGGUGUCGAGGAGUGUGAGCGUCCUUGCACCGUGGAAGCCGCGACAUUACAGGGAACCGUUCGAGAUCAACUACGAUCAGCAACAGCAUGCGAAACCGAUCGCGACCAUGAGACGCAGGCAACGGAGCCGCGAGACCCUCAGUCGCCGAGGAAAGGAAGCUCGGCGAAGCAAGGAUAAUCUUUCCAAGACGAGUACGAUUAACCGCAGUACAUUGAAAUCGAAGGACAAGCAGAAAGUGGAUAGAACCGUCUCCACGGAAUCGCUGGCCACAAAAUCGCGAGGUUCCAAACCGGAAUUGAGCAGGUCCACGUCCGUGCCACGCGACCCGAAUAAGAGCGCAGGAUGGUUCAAGCUGAAGAGCAAGAAAUCUCGCGCCUGAAUUGGACGGCCAUUGAUCAAUGCUAGUCUCUCGAGUAAACGUAAUUCUCAUAAUCUCGUAGGCGAUUAAUAUGCGUCGAUAUCCGGCACACGCUGAUUAUUAAUGAUGCGACUUAUAGAUAUAAUAUACACCGCUCUUCUACUUUUUAACACACACGAGCAUCGCGAUCGCGCGGGUUUCUAAUUUUUUAACCGAGUAUAAUUGCGCAUAAUUGCGGCAGUAACA